AUGGUCGCUCAGAAGAGAGGUCGUGGUGCCAAAAAUCAAGCGAACAAAGCUAAAGCAAAUCAGCCCGCGGAAGAAGUCGUCGCGACGGAAGUGACCGAACAGGAACCUGAGGCCGCAGAAGAAAACAAUGGAGACUCACAGGCCGAGAAUAAUGAAGAACAGGCGACGGGGGAGGAGGCUGGCGAGGAACAGUCAGAAACAGAACAGAACCAAGAAGAUGAACCCAAAGCUGAAGAAAUCAAAGAAGAUAAAGUAGAAUCUGGAAAACUACUGGUGGAGAACCUGCCCUCAAGCUAUCUAUUCGACUACCAAGACAAACUCAAGGAGCUGUUCAGUAAGCAUGGCGAAGUCGUCAGUGUGAAACGUGGUCCAAUCAUUGUUACCGAACUGACCACAACUCCAACAUUAUCGGCUAUAGUCGAAUUCAAAAACAAAGAUUCCCUGGAAAAGGCUCUGUCAGAGAAUGGUACAUCAUUGGAUGGUAGUGUCAUCUCAGUAGUAGUGGAGUCCCGAGCUGACACUGGCAUCCUUGUUGGAGUUCCCUACGAGGCCAGCUGUGACUAUGUGAAGGCAUUGUUCGAACAGUGUGGGCCAGUCGCGCAUGUACAUGAGUUCAGCAAGACCAAGUAUAAGAUAUUACGGGUAACAUUCAAUGAGAAGGAGUCAGUGGAGCGAGCUUUGAAGCUGGACAGAGAUCUCCGCAUCAACGGGUUCAUGGUUACAGUCUCAAAGUACAGAGAUGAUGAUGACUUCAAGGCACACUCGGCUAACUCAAACAAGAACAAGAGACAGCACGGCCAACAGAAUCGUAACUCUGGCAACACGAACGUGAACAACACGGGUGGAACCAGUCCCGCGUCACGCAGCAACAGUUACCGCGCGAGGGGGGGAGCCUUCAACGCUAGGGGGGGAGGCAACUAUAGAGGCGGUCGAGGCCGCGGGUUCUCUGGGCGCGGGUCGUUCCCUCGCGGCGGGUUCACUCCUCUCAACACGUACAUGCCGCCACAGCCGUACAUGGGCCGACCGCAAGGAGGCUUCAUGAACGACGGUCAGCGGCCGGUCAAGCGACUGAGACAGAUGUAG